AUGUCGGAUUUUGGAAAUUGGUACCAGAGUGUACCAGAAAUAACACGAUAUUGGCUCACGGGUGCAGCCGUUUUGCCAUUAUUGGGCCGGUUUGGAUUGCUUAGUCCAUAUUAUAUGCUACUUGAAUGGCAUCUUUUCUUCUACAAAUUUCAGAUAUGGCGUCCUUUGACCGCCCUUUUUUACUAUCCUCUAUCUCCACAAACAGGAUUUCAUUGGUUACUGAUGCUUUAUUUUCUGUACAGCUACUCGAAAGGUACAGAAACUGGAGUAUUUGACGGUCGACCCGCUGAUUACUUAUUUAUGCUUAUUUUUAAUUGGAUCGUGUGUACUAUUAUCUGUAUGGCUGCAGGUGUAUAUUUCUUGCUGGAGCCAAUGGUAUUGAGUGUUCUUUACGUUUGGUGUAAGUUCAAUCAGGAUGAAAUUAUUCAAUUUUGGUUCGGCACGCAGUUCAAAGCCAUGUAUUUACCAUGGAUAUUGGUCGCGUUUAACAUGAUAAUACGUGGUGGUGGUAUGCAUGAGUUGAUUGGUAUAUUAGCUGGUCACUCAUAUUACUUAGUUAUGUUCCAGUUCCCUCAAGAUUACGGACUACCUUUAUUCUUGAGAACUCCACAAAUUUUAUACAAGUGGUUUCCAAACAGAAUUGGCAACGUUUAUGAAUUCGGUAGAGCUCGAUCGAACAGAAGACCGGCUGCGGGUGAUGGCCAGGGACAUAAUUGGGGUCAAGGACGCCCGUUGGGUGGACCUCAAUAA